AUGGCCAUACGAUAAUUUUCCGCGCCAAAAAAAGAAAAAAGGGUGCUGACGACUUUCGGGAGAGCCUGAGCCGCGAUCCCGCACUCUCUCUCUCCCUCUUGACCAAACAGAGCUUCAAACAGAGCAGUGGGCAGUGAUAGAGCAAUCGAAACAUGAAUCUCUACGGUUCAAUCGCCACGACGACCACCGUCACCCCCACCGAUUCCCGACUUCUCAGAAAUUUUGGGCAUAAACCUUCACGUCCUUCGUUGAUAGUUUACAAAUCCAUGGCCACCCGAAGGAGCUCUACAACCGGCGCCAGUCCGCUGCUUAGAAUCAAUUCUAAUUUUUCGGCACUGGAAGCCAGAGUUUCUCUCGUCUUCGCUCUUGCCACGCAAACCUUCUCUCUCUCCCAGCGACUUCUGAUGGAAUUGGCGAGCGAGACUGCCAAGUACGUGUUCCCUUCGAGGAGAUUCGAGAGUCGCACUUUAGAGGAGGCUUUGAUGUCAGUUCCGGAUAUUGAAACUCUGAAUUUUAAGGUUUUGAGCCGCAAUGAUCAGUAUGAGAUAAGGGAAGUUGAGUCGUACUUUAUUGCCGAGACGACAAUGCCCGGAAAAUCUGGAUUUGAUCUAAAUGGCGCUUCAAAAUCCUUCAACGUGCUGGCUGAGUACCUCUUUGGUAAGAAUACAAAGGAGGAGAAAAUGGAGAUGACCACUCCUGUUUUUACUAGUAAAAGUCAGUCUGAGGGGGAGAAAAUGGACAUGACGACUCCCGUGAUAACUAAAAAGGUGGCAGGUCAAGAUGAGUGGAAGAUGUCUUUUGUCAUGCCCUCAAAGUAUGGUUCAAAUUUGCCAUUGCCUAAGGAUCCUUCGGUGAGAAUAAAAGAGGUGCCAAAGAAAAUUGUUGCAGUUAUUGCCUUUUCUGGUUUCGUCUCUGAUGAAGAAGUUGAGCGUCGUGAAUCCACUCUUCGUGAGGCACUGAAGAAAGACACUGAGUAUCGUGUAAAGAAUGGUGCGUCAGCAGAAGUUGCUCAGUACAACCCCCCGUUCACACUACCAUUUACUCGACGCAAUGAGGUUGCUCUUGAAGUUGAAAGAAUACAAGAAUAAAUCCUUACCGUACAGCACUCAAGACCUCACAUACCUUCUUAUUUAGUUAAAAAAAAAUUCGGUAGCACUACUAGUCUGUGCUCUAGUCAGGUUAGAUGAGACCAUAUGUGUCUUAAGUUGUGUAUUCACGAUAGUAUUUUGUA